UAUCAAAUGGUCAGCUCCUUCCCAAACAAUGGUCCUUGCUGUUGGCAUUUCCUUAACCAGCCUUUAAUUCCUGUCUGGCAGACUUUAUAAGGUGCUCCAGGCAGAUGACUUUUCACCAUCUACCAUAAUGUGGAACAGACACUUUGUCUUUCAUCUUCUGCUUUUGCCAGCUUUUAUGAGUCAAACAAUAUAUGGACAAAGGAAGAAAGGAUCCAAGUCCAAUUUACUUGCAAGGAAAAAUGAUUUCCAGGACUCCACUUGCUUCAUAGAUAUUGUCUUCAUCGUGGACAGCUCUGAAAGUUCUAAAAUUAUUCUCUUUGAUAAACAGAAAGAUUUUGUGGAUAGCUUGAGUGACAAGGUUUUCCAAUUGACCCCGGCUCGCUCCUUGAAAUAUGACAUCAAAUUGGCAGCCCUUCAGUUUAGCAGCUCUGUCCAAAUUGAUCCACCUUUUUCUUCGUGGAGAGAUCUACAGACUUUUAAACGGAGGGUCAAGGCUAUGAAUUUCAUUGGGCAAGGUACUUUCUCAUAUUAUGCCAUCUCCAAUGCCACUAGGCUACUUAAGAAAGAAGGACGUAAAGAUGGUGUGAAAGUGGCUUUGUUGAUGACUGAUGGCAUUGACCAUCCAAAGAAUCCAGAUGUUCAAAGUAUUUCUGAAGAUGCCAGAACUGCAGGAAUAUUGUUUAUUACCAUUGGACUUUCUACUGUAGUCAAUGAAGCCAAACUUCGUUUGAUAUCUGGGGAUUCAUCCAGUGAACCCAUUCUACUGUUGAGUGAUCCAGCCCUUGUAGAUAAAAUUCAGGAUCGACUGGAUAUCUUAUUUGAUAAAAAGUGUGAACACAAGAUGUGUGAAUGCGAGAAGGGUGAUCCCGGCGAUCCUGGGCCUCCCGGUACCCAUGGAAACCCCGGUAUCAAAGGUGAGCGAGGACCAAAAGGAAACCCGGGUGAUGCUCAAAAAGGGGAACCUGGAGAAAAUGGCCCAGGGGGAAUUCCUGGGUACAAGGGUGAGAAGGGUGAACGUGGAGAAUGUGGUAAACCAGGGAUAAAAGGUGACAAAGGAUCCCCAGGACCAUAUGGACCAAAGGGACCCAGGGGACUUCAGGGCAUUAGUGGACCUUCAGGUGAUCCAGGCCCGAAGGGAUUUCAAGGCAAUAAGGGUGAGCCGGGUCCUCCUGGUCCUUAUGGUCCUCCGGGAGUCCCUGGUAUUGGACAGCAGGGUAUUAAGGGGGAAAGAGGCCAGGAAGGAAGAACAGGGGCUCCGGGACCCAUUGGCAUUGGUGAGCCGGGCCAGUCAGGUCUCCGUGGUCCUGAGGGAGCACCAGGUGAGAGGGGUUUACCCGGAGAAGGAUUCCCAGGAGCAAAGGGUGAAAAAGGUUCUGAAGGACCAAUUGGCCCACAAGGAUUACAAGGCCUGUCAAUCAAAGGGGACAAGGGGGAUUUGGGACCUGUGGGACCCCAAGGACCAAUGGGCAUCCCUGGAAUUGGGAGUCAAGGGGAACAGGGAAUCCAAGGUCCUAUUGGUCCACCUGGUCCUCAAGGACCCCCAGGACAAGGCUCACCUGGUUCUAAGGGAGAAGUAGGUCAGAUAGGACCUACAGGCCCUAGAGGACCAGUGGGGAUUGGAGUACAAGGUCCAAAGGGGGCGCCAGGCUCAAUAGGGCUCCCAGGACAGCCUGGAGUACCAGGAGAAGACGGCGCUGCAGGGAAGAAGGGAGAAGCAGGGCUUCCAGGAACAAGAGGCCUGGAAGGACCUCCUGGAAGAGGACACCCUGGCCCCAAGGGUGAUGAAGGAAAGAAAGGGAGCAAAGGAAACCAAGGACAGAGGGGAUUUCCAGGGCCCGAAGGGCCAAAGGGUGAUCCAGGGGUUAUGGGCCCUUUUGGGAUGCCUGGAGCGUCAGUUCCUGGGCCACCUGGGCCAAAGGGAGAUAGAGGAGGCCCUGGGGUACCCGGAUUUAAAGGAGAACCUGGAAUUGCUAUUCGAGGACCAAAGGGUGCCCAAGGCCCUCGGGGACCAGUGGGCAUUCCAGGACUCAAAGGCGAUGGCUAUCCUGGUGUGGCUGGACCUCGAGGAUUACCAGGACCCCCUGGACCAAUGGGUUUACGUGGACUGGGGGACACUGGAGCAAAGGGAGACCCUGGCGUCAGAGGUCCUCCAGGCCCCUCUGGGCCUCGGGGAAUAGGAACCCAGGGGCCAAAGGGUGAUAUCGGGCAGAAAGGCUUGCCUGGCCCUCCGGGCAUCCCUGGCUAUGGAUUACAAGGAAUUAAAGGAGAGCACGGAGAACGGGGCGAUGUGGGCAAGAAAGGCAAUAAAGGGGAGUAUGGAGAGCCCGGAUCUCCAGGAAAACAGGGGUUACAAGGACCAAAAGGAGACCAAGGACUUACAAAAGAAGAAAUUAUCAAACUUAUUGUUGAAAUAUGUGGUUGUGGACCCAAAUGCAAAGAGACUCCGCUAGAGCUGCUGUUUGUGAUUGACAGCUCAGAAAGUGUGGGGCCAGAGAACUUCCAGAUCAUCAAAAAUUUUGUGAAGACUCUCACCGACCAGGUUGCUCUGGAUCUGGCCACGGCCCGCGUAGGCAUAAUCAACUACAGCCACAAGGUGGAGAAGGUGGCCGACCUGACACAGUUCUCCAGCAAGGACAACUUCAAGCUGGCCGUGGACAACAUGCAGUAUCUGGGGGAAGGCACCUACACGGCCACGGCUCUCCAUGCAGCCAACCACAUGUUCGGAGCUGCAAGGCCGGGUGUAAAGAAAGUGGCCCUGGUCAUCACCGAUGGGCAGACGGACACCCGAGAUGAGAAGAAUCUGACAGAGGUGGUGAAGAAUGCCAGGGAUGCCAAUGUGGAAAUAUUUGUGAUCGGGGUGGUGAAGAAAAAUGACCCCAACUUCGAAAUGUUCCACAAAGAAAUGAAUCUAAUUGCUAGUGACCCAGAUAGUGAGCACGUUUAUCAGUUUGAUGACUUCAUUACGCUGCAAGACACCCUGAAGCAAAGAUUGUUUAAAAAACACUGUGAGGAUUUCGAGUCCUACCUCAUUCAAGUUUUGGGUUCACCACCACUUCAACCUGGCUUUGGGAUAUCAGGGGAAGAACUCAGUGGGUCCACUCCACAGCCUCAGGAAGAAACUUCUGAGUCAGUCAGUGGCCCUGGAGCCCAGGACAGAGAGAAUGAGCCUCCAGAGCCCACCUGGGCUGGCCACCUGGCCCCCACACCUUCAUCUGAGGCUGCCACCAAUCGGGAGCCACUGCUCAGCCCCGCUGAGGAGGGGAGAGAAAAUCUGGAGAUCAGAACUCCAAGUCCCAUUUUGAACUUCAGGCCGGAAAAGUGGAUGCACAAAGAUCCUCGAUGCUUAGAAGACCUAAUACCUGGAAACUGUAGCGAAUAUGUGGUUCGAUGGUAUUAUGAUAAACAAGUCAACUCUUGUGCCCGCUUUUGGUUCAGUGGCUGUAAUGGUUCAGGAAAUAGAUUCAACAGUGAAAACGAAUGUCGAGAAAUCUGUAUUCAAGGAUAAGUAAGCCUGUGACUCUCGUUCAAGGUCAGAGGUACAAAAAAAAGAGCACUCGUUGAUGGAGUGCCGGAAGAACAGCCAUCUUAGCAAAAAUAAUUUUGUAUAGUUUGAUUAAACUUUGAUCAUGCAAUAUUUGAUAUUACAAAAGAAUAUAUGCAAUAUAUUUGUAAGUUAAAAAACAUGAUAAUGAGACGACCACCAGUGAACACAACACACAGAGAAUGAACUAAGCAUAGCCAAUUCCACUGACGCGUCCUCUGUGCCCCUCGACCAGCCCAGCCCUGUUUCCUGCCAGGGAUAUCCCACCUUGAAUUUUGUGUUUACCAUUUCACUUUGCUAUUGGUUUUUAUAUGUGACUUUACAUGUAAAACCACAUAUAUUUUUCUGUGUAUCUCUAAACAGUACGUAGUCUUGCUUAUGUUAGAGCUUUAUAAAAAUGGUGUCAUACUCUAGUCAUUUGCAACCUGCUAGUUUGAUUUACUGUUAUAAUUAAUCCAUAUGUCUUAGCAUAGGCAUUACUAAAAACAUCUAAAUAUAUUCCUAUUUAUUAUUUAGGUUUUUCUGUGCUUUAGAAAACUUGUUUCAUAAUAUGUAAUUCUUUGCAACAUGAUAUGCUAUUACAUUAUAAUUCAUACAUAUCCAUUUACUUUCAGUUGUAUAAUAUUUGUGUGAAUAUAUCCUAAUGUAUUUAACCAUUGUCUUGUCUAUGAUCAAUU